AACCGCUUUGCUCUGCAUACACCAGUUGUUAUCUUUAGACACAUUGCACUGUCAGCAAUAGCUAUGCCUUCUAGGUCUAUGUCUUACUUACUUGUGAACCUUGCCCUAUUGCGCCACCAGAAUUCGUAACUCUAAACGCUAUAUAUACUUACGAUUACUUGGUGAUAAGGAUACACCGUUCCAGAGCACUCUGGUAGCGUUCACCUUAUCGAAGCUCCGCCGUGGACCGGUUGGCUCUGUCACCGCUUAGUGCGCUUUGUAAGGUGGCCACCGAUCUCGUUUUUAUAUAUUAUAGUAUUUAGGAGCUUGCGCUUGGACGGCACACUUUUCAGGCUUGAGAACCUUUAUCUGGGCCAGAGGAACGCGUCAUUCUUACAGCUAUUUGAUUCGUUCGGAAUUCGGAUCACCGAGUCUGGUGUUUUGGAGAAACACUAGCAGCGGCUAGCCUCCCUACCAGGGCAUGGGCGACACGACGGCCGGUGUGGAUGAGGCCGUCGCGCCAUGCCUCAGAAGUUGAGGCCUGGCGAAUCAGGCCGAGUUUGGACCCCCCUAUAGUAGCAGCAUCAGCAGCAACAGUAACAGAGUCCCCUGGUUUGCGGGAGGCACACUCCACACCACGGCUGACCACUGCCAGCAACCCUAGCACUUCCUCUCAAGCCCGGCCCCCAACAGCUGCAGCGGCCUCCUCAGCAGGCCCAGCAGCAGCAGCCGCAACCGCAGCAACGACGGCAACCGCCAACUGCCAUGCAGCUCCACACCACCACCGGUGUAACCGCCGCCGGUAUCGCAACCGUCGGCGGCACCUCCAGCGGCGGCGGCUACACUGACGGAGGCGGCGGCGGCGGAGGCGGCGGGCUCCUGCCGGCGGUUGGAAACUUCCGCCGCAGCACUGGCGGCUAUGUUGCCAACCCAGAUGCAGCCGCCGCCGGCAGCGGCGCUGUCAGCGCCGGCGGUGCCGUCAACGGCUCCACCGCCCGUGACUCCUCCUUCCUCCGCCGCUCCGCCGCCACCACCUCUGGUGCCGUCACCAGCUACAGCGGGGGCGCGUCAGGUGGUGGCGGCGGCGGCGGCGUGCUGCCCGCACCCCCCGCCGGCACCCUGGGGCGCAUGAUCGGCGCACCCAGUCCCUCCGUGGGCGGGGCUGUUAUGAGCCCGCGGGCGGGGUCCGCCUGGGCCGGCGGGGGAGCCGCCGGCGGGGGGGCAGCAGGAGGCAUGCUGGGUGGCGCCGGCGGGCCGCGCAGCGCCCCCCCGAGUGCUGGGGGUGCACUGGGCAUGGGCGGGGGGGCACGAGGUGUUGGUGGGGUGGGCGCGGCGGGACUGGGGGGCGUUGGCGGCGGCAAUCGGCCGGGCAGUCGGCCGACUGCGAAGGAUGUGGGGCCGCCGCCGCGAAAGGUGGCGGCGGUGGAGAACAUUGGUGAAGCGCUGGGGCGGUUCUUCCAGGAGAGCAUGGAGCUGGCGCCCAAGCCGCCCCCGCGCCCGCCCUCCACCACCAGCAGCGAGGAGGAGGACCCGGGGCCGCCCUCCAGCGACGACGAGGUGACGCAGGAGGAGCUGGACGUGCUGCAGAAGCUGUACCUGGUCAUGCCCAACCUAGAGUCACCGGGCCGAGGCGCCCUGCCUCCCAGCGCCACCCCCCUCAACCCCCUCGCCAGCCCCACAACCCUCAGCGCCCUCGCCAACCGCCUGGGCAGCACCUCCUCAUCCAUUGCCAGCGUCGCCGCCGCCGCCACCGCUGCCGCCAACAGGCCUGACUCGCCCAUGGUAGGCAUUGCUGGCGGUCCGGCAGGACGGGUGCCGCCGCUAGCAGGCCUGCUACGGCCGCUUGGCGGCAGUGCUGGCGGCGCCGGCAGCGGCUCCUUGGCCGCUCUCGCCGCCGCCGGGGCUGCCGCCGCUGGCGGCGGCGGCGGCGGCGUCUCCUCCGCCCGACAAACCGUCAGCAGCGCCGGUUCCGCUUCCAGCGUUCCGACAGCUGGCGGCGGCGGCCCCACCGCCGCGGCGGCGGCGGCCAAGCGCAAGGCCAUGACGCUAGGGGGCCGCGGCCGCGGCGGUGCCGCAUCUACCGCCGCGGCGCCGCCGCUGUUCCUGCCCUCUAAGGCCGUACUUGCCUUUCACCAACGCGCGCUAGGGAUCACGGUGCCGCUGGGAAAUGGCGUGCCGGUUCCCAUGCAGGGCCCGGGGAUCACCGGCGGCGGCACCGCCAGUACCGGCGGCAGCGGCGCUGUCGUCACCGGCGUCACCGCCUCCGCCGGCGGCGGCGGCGGCGGCGGACUUAACCUGGGACAAGCCUCGGACGUGCAGCUCACAAGCGCCUACGUGAACCGCGACGCGGACUUUCUCAUGCUGCAGCAAAUGGUGGCGGCAGCGAUGGCGGCGGGGCAGAGUCGCCCGGUAACGGCCGUCGUCAGCGGCGCCGCGGCGAUAUCCCGCCAGGCUAGCGGCUGGGGCUCCCCAGCACCUGCGGCCAUGGCGCCGACGCCUAACCGCCGCAGCGGCGCCGCGCGGCGAGCCCCGGCGGCGGCGACGUCGUCGUCGAAAAAGGCCGCUGGCGGCAAGAAGAAGGCGCCGCCGGAGCCGCCGACGCUGCAGCCGCGGCCUGCCGUACCCGUACAUUUGCAGCACCUUGUACGGCCCGGCAGCGCCUCCGUCGGAGCGCUCAUGGGGCUGCACCAGCCGGCGGGAAUCGACCCCGCUAUCAUCUCCGCUGUGGUUUCAGGGGAGCAGGUGGACCCGGUGAGGGGACUAGGAGGUGCUGCGGCGGCGGCAGCCGCCGCCGCCGAAGGCGGCACCGGCGGCGCCGGCACGGGCCCAUCCGGAGCUCCAGCCAUGCGGCCCUCGACGCCGCAGCGGCCGGGGUCGCCGCUGAGGCCGCCGUCAGCGGCGGCGCCGUCAUCGGCCAGAGGUCCUUCCUCGUUGCGGCCGUCGGCUGCGAGUACGGGCAGCAGGCUGUCCGGCGCCUCCGUCGGCGCGGGGGCGGCGGCGGGCGGCAACGCCAGCACCGGCCGCAGCGCUGGCGGCGGGGGUAGCGCUGGCGGCGGCAGCCGAGCCGCCUCGCCGUCAACCCGCGGUCCCGGCGGAGGCGUGACGCUGCCGGCCGCCCGGCCACUUAGCGGCAGCGUCGCCGCACCGUUUGGUCGUACCUUGCCGCUGGCAACAGGCUACCGCAGCGCCGGCGGGCGCCCCUCCACCGCCCCCUCUACCGGCUGGGCCGCUGCCCGGCUGGAGCGGCUGCGCGGCGUGGCUGCCACCAAGGCGGCUGCUCGCGCCUCCAUGUCGCCGCUGCGGGCCUCCCUGGCGGCGCCCAUCAGCGGGAUGAGGUCGACUCGGGUGUAUAAGCCGCUCAGCGAGGCGGAGUUCGGGGUGUUCAACCGCUCCAUGGAUGCAGCUCUGCUGCCCCUCACCCGCGCAGCAGCCAAGCUAGGGACCUACGGAGAGGCGCUGCCGCCCACCAACCUCUUCUCCACCCUCUCUGCCGGUGGUGCGCCGCCGCCGCUACCCGCCAAGUCCGCCGGCGGCGCUGCUGCCGCCUCCGCUGGGGGAGCCUUCGCCGGUGGGUCUGUUUCCGCCGGCGGCGCCUUCUUUCCCAUCCCGCGUUCCUCCGCCGCCGUGGCGGCGGCGGCGGUGGCGGCGGCGGUGUCCGCGUCAUCAGUCGUGGCGGCGUCGACGCCGGCAGUGGUGUCGCCGCCGCCGAUUGACGGCGCCAGCGGCGGCGGCGGCGGCGCCAACUCCGGCGGUACGGCGGCAGCGGCGGAGGGUGCGGCCAACGGUGGCGGUGGUGGCGGCGGUGACGACACCAGCCCCCGUCGCAAGCUGCGUCGGAAGAACCUGGGGGGGUGGGACUGGCCGCCGGGUCAGGGCUCCCCGAGCACCUACAACCUGCUGGAGGAGACACGUGGCGCCAUGGCAGUCGCCAUGGCGGGUGCGGAGGUGGACGAGACGGGUCACAGCGGCCCCUUCGACCGCGUGGGCGAGGUGGGGCGGCUGAUGCGGCGCUUCCGCAAGCAGGACGUCACCACCGCCUUCAACCUCAGCCAUGCGGUGAAUGGGGUGGACCAGGUGGUGGCCUUAGUAGACAUACUGGCCCACCCCGACCUAGCCGCCGUGUCCGAGCUCCUGCUGGCCGGCAACGCACUCACCGACGAGGCAUUCGCGCCACUGGGUGUACGACUCGCCUCGCCCGAGUGCGGCGCGUUACGGCAGCUGGACCUGUCGUACAACUGCUUAACCGCCGCCAGCGUUGAGCUGCUGCUGCCGCUGAUGAAGGACGAGGUGGCGGCCAUGAGCAAGGCCCAGCGCAUCCGCCGCGGUCUGGACUCCCGCCCGCUGCACGGCGUGCUCACCCGACUGGUGCUGGACGGUAACCCCAUCGGCGACGCGGGUGCGGAGCUGCUGUGUGAUGCGGCCGCCUCCGACUACACGCAGCUGGCGGAGCUGAGGCUUAGCAGAUGCGGGCUGGGGGAGCGGGGGGCGGCGGCGGCGGGGAGGCUGCUGGAGAACAGCAGUGCCAUCAAGGUGCUGGACCUGUCCUGGAACACGCUGGGCCGGCGGGGCGGCCAGGCGCUGGGCGAGGGGCUGCGCAGCGCCUCCUCCAUCCAGCAGCUCUACGUGGCGUGGACGGGCAUCACGGAUGUGGGCGCCAGCCACAUUGCAAAGGCGCUCAAGUCCAAUGCCACACUGCAGGUCCUGGACCUGUCCGGUGACUCAGUGAGCGGCGACACCAGCCUGGUGCUGCUGGACAGUCUGGCGGAGAACGGCAGCCUGGCUCACCUCAUCCUGCGGGACAACCCGGUGGGGGUGGUGGCGGCGAGGAAGCUGCUCAAGGCGCUGCAUGGGGGGGCGCUGGAGUCGGUCGACCUGCUGGGUUGUUCCUUCGGCGGCAUGGGCGGCAGUACGGUUGUGUGGGACCCGCACGACCCGGACGGGGUGUACGACCUGGACCUGGAGGUGCCGGCACACUAUCAGGUGGCGGUGGAGCUGGUGGGGCUGUCCGCGCACAUGGGCCUCCGCAGCUGGCGGGCAGCCACCCUCAACGGCCGCCCAUUCAGACUCAACAGCACGUCCAAGCAGCAGCUCCCCCUCCGCGGCCGCCUCCAUGUGGAGUUUGUGUCCUGCACCCCGCUGGUCCGCGACGACCGCCCCCUCUCCGACGCCGAGGUGCGGUCCAUGUGGUUUUCCAUCGCCGACCCGGAGGGGAUGCACACCCCGGUCGGACCCAUGAUCAUAAACCCGCAUGACACCACCAGCAGCUCUACUAGCGGGGGAGGAGCAGCAGCGGCGGGAGGUGCAGGAACAGGCAGCACCAGUCGGAAGAUCCGAGCGGUCGCGAGUAAGACGGCGGCGGGAGCGCGAGCCGCCGCGCGGGGUCGUGGCGGCGCGGGG